UGUUCACUUGCUCCUCUCGUUCCACCCCACAAAUACUCCGUAGAUGUACUAUGUAUAAGUAAACCUUCCUCAACCUCUUGAGCUUUCCGUCCAUCAUCCCCUCGACGUACCAGUUCCUUCUCACGUAUCUUGUAUACCCGGAACGCCCGAGGUGGCACCAAAACAUGGCGACAGGUUCCAUCAACGAGGGCUCGGCCGGCUUCGAGAAGGCGGGCCACGAUGGGCUUAAGGACAAGGACAUCGAGUCCGGCACCAUGAAGGAGGUUCGCUCAACAGCGGUCAUAACAACCUACACCGCUGCCGAGGAGCGCGCGCUGCUCUGGCACCAGGACCUAACCAUCCUGCCGCUCUGCGCAGCCAUCUACUUCCUCUGCUACCUGGACCGCUCCAACAUCGGCAACGCCCGCAUCCUCAACUCGAGCACCCACAACGACAUGCAGACCGAGAUCGGCGCCACGCAACACCAGUUCAACGUGGCGCUCAUGGUCUUUCUGGUCGGGUACUUUGUCUUCGAGGUGCCGUCCAACAUCCUCCUUAAGAAGCUCCGGCCGUCGCGGUGGAUCGCCUUUCUAAUGUUCUCGUGGGGCGCCAUCACCAUGGGCCUGGGCGGCGUCCACACUUUCGCGGCGACGGCCGGUGUACGGUUCCUGCUUGGUGCGGUCGAGGCGGGGCUGUUUCCAGGCCUGGUGUAUUACCUCACGUUCUGGUACCGCAACGACGAGCGCAGCGUGCGCGUGGCGAUCAUUCUUGCCAGCGCCACGCUUGCGGGUGCGUUUGGUGGUGCGAUCGCGUAUGGUAUUGGGCAUAUGAAUAUGGCGCGGGGGCUGGCCGCGUGGAGGUGGUUGUUUAUUAUCGAGGGAGCGCCGUCGUGUGCUUCGGCGGUGUUGGUGUGGUUCUUCCUGCCCGACUACCCAGAAAGUUUUCUGAAGGGUCGGCAGAGGGAGAUUGCGCUGGAGAGGCUUAGACUCGAGGGGAGCAAGAGCCAUCACCGCAGCAUGACCUGGAAGGAUGCCAAGGAGACGCUGACCGAUUGGCGCUUGUACGGCCAUUAUCUGGUGUAUUUUUGCAUCUCGGUGCCCUUCAGCUCCCUGUCGCUGUUCACGCCGUCUAUCACGGCCGGGUUGGGUUUUGUCGAUCUGCAGGCGCAGUUGAUGACAGUUCCCCCUUACGCGGCGGCCUAUGUGACGCAGAUCUUUGUCUCUUACUCCGCAGACCAUUUCAACGCUCGUGGGUUGCACAGCGCCGCUUUUGCCCUGAUUGGUGGUGUUGGCUUCAUGGCAUCCGCGCUGCUGCCGGCCGACGCCUACCUCCACCGCUACGGCUGCCUCAUUGUUGCCUCGGCCGGCUCCUUUGCGUGCAUCCCGCCAAUGCUGGGUUGGCUGACGUCCAACGUCUACUCGACCGCGUCCGUGGGGCUGGCUAUUGCUAUCAACGUUAGCUUCGGCGCAGGCAUAGGCCAAAUGCCGGGAGUGUUUAUCUACAAGGCCGAAGAGAAGGAACGGGGUUACCCGACUGGGCAUUGGGUGAAUGCAGCUGUGCUGUUCGUGGUUGUCAUUGGGAGUAUUGGGCUGAGGAUAUUGUAUGGGUACAGAAACCGGAAGCUCUUGAGGGAAAGCGGUGGUCAGGAGGUGAGGUUGUAUAAGCUGUAAGCUUCGUUGCGGCUCGCUCAGGCAUUGUAUUCUUCAACCUCAGUACAUUGGUGUGAGGUGCACGGCCUUCUCUUCGGCCCAAUAAAAACACCAAAGCCCGGACUUUGGAGCGCUGUGGUUCAAUCGUUCUUUCGCGGCGUGAUGGUCCCACCAUGUCUCGGGGAAGAGACAUGGCAUCACAGGGAGAAAAUGUCAGAGGAAAGAAGGGGAUCCCGUAAGACUAAGACUGCAAACAACGGCGACUGUAACGAAGAGUACCAGCUUGAUCCACACGAAUCGGAGAGACAGCGGGUGCCAUGACAAAGUUGAUGAAUCUUUCGGGGUGGCUACUCCAUUCCUCAAGACAUUGGAUCACGAGGAAACUGCAGUGCAUGAUAGAAUCCCAAUGAAGGUGGCUG